AUGGAUGGUUCCAACGAUGCGAACGAUGAAAAUAAACGACCCGAUGUCAAAUCGCCAGCUCCGAAAUCUCCAUUUCGCAUAGGCGCCAGGCUUUUCGGAAAUUCAAUUGCAAACUGUGCAGAUGAGAAUUUAGAGGACACUUGCACUGAAUUUGAUAGUCCAAAUCUUUCUCGUGCAGACGCGGAAGAAAUCGAUGAAAAUCUGGAGCAAACGAAAAUUGGAAUACCAUUUGUGACAACAACGCAUAAUUUAAGUGUUGUUGAAGAGAGUGAUGAGAGGACAGCUGAAGAUGAUGAAACUGAUGGAAAUAUCUCACAAGAUGACAAUGUGUUCGUUCAAGAGGAUGAAAUUUCCUCUCCCACACGUCAACUCUCUGAAAUAAAGCAAGUGAUAGACGAUUCAACUGCAACCACGCCUAUUCUUCUCGCGUCACAAAUUGAUAAAGGACACCAUUCCAUUAACAUCCGUUCAGUGGAAUCAGAACUACCGCAAAUUGUUCAACCCGAACCUCAAAUCGAUUACUCUUUACAUGAGUUUGAGUUGAUUGAAAUGAAGGUUGAGUAUGAUGAAAUGAUAAAAAUGUUCCAAAACGAUAUAGAAGAAGGAAAAGCUCGAGAAGAGGCUUUGAAACAAUCGAUAGAAAACAAUCGCCAAUACAUUCAUGAAUUGGAAUCGAACGUUCAAAAACUUGCUGACUUGAACCAAUCGAAUGUCUCCGAGUUAUCAGUCGAAUCCGAGAGAAGAAACUCCGAGCUUACCAUCCUUCAGUCGAAUCUUGUUGAAUUGUCCGCCAAACUAGAAAUUGCUCAAGCUGAUCUCUCUGAAUCUGAGAAAGCACAUCAGGAGACGAUUCAAAACCUCAAAGCAAGUAUCGAAAGUUCGAAUAUUUCGCUUGUGGUUCUUCAAGAAAAACUUGAUGACGCAGUGUCAAAAUGUAAUAGAAGAGAAACAGAGCUAAUCAGUCAAGCCCAGCAACAUCAAGAGCAACUUGAGAAGCUUCAGUUAGUGAUUUCGGAAAAUCAAAACACAGCUGAACAGCCGGAAACCGAAGAGCUCCACGCUCGUAUCGAAGAGAUGCAAGCAUCCAUCAAUUUUGCUCAAAAUGCCAUUGAAACCGCUAACUAUGCUCAAGCUACUCUUCGAAACGAACUUCAGGAAUCCGAAAAAAAGCUGGAAGCAGCUGAAGAAGCUCUCACUGUUAAAGAAAACACAAUAAUCACCCUCGAAUCAAGAAUUGAAGCCAUAUCUCGGGAAUUUGAGGGACGACUCGAAGAGGCGGAUCAGUUGAAGGCAGAAGCAAUGAGGAUGGAAACAAUGACUGCUUCAUUGUCAGAUAUAGAACAACAGGUCAGAGAAUUAACUGCGGAAUUGGAGGAAUUCAAACGUCGUGUCAUCGAAGCGGAGAGAACUGCUCAAAAUGAUGUCACAUCGAUACGAGACGAGAAAAAAGAACAAUCAAUUGCUCUUGACGAAGCAAAAACACGAAUUGUCAUGCUCGAAAAGAAGUUGAAAAUGUCUGAAAAAGAAGUGGGAAGACUCGGUAAAUUAUGUGAUGAUUUCGACGACGAGGAGCAAGAUUACAGAGAGGAAAUCGUCAAGUUGAAAGCUGAAAUUAAACAGCUUAAAUUAAUAAAGUCCCCGAUGGGAGCCCUUGAAGAGGAAAGAAUAAGUACCAAGCCACAGGACAACGAUGAUGUAUUUGAAGAUGCGCAGGACUCUUUUCAAUCAGAAGCUGACCAUCAAUCCGUGUUUUUAAGAAUUGACGCUGCUGACGAGAUGGUUCAUCCAGACGACAAAUCCCUUGAGAGACCUGAAUCUGAAAUUUCGCCGAAUCCGAAUUGA